AUGGUUUCAGGAUGCUAUUAUUAUAUUCUAGGCAACUCAAUACUCUCAAUAUAUGCUGAGCCUGUAAUGCUUACAAAUGGUCAUGAAGACCACUUGGUUCCUAUGAGGCGCAUCAAUGACCCUGCAUUGGUGACCUUUGUUCCUAGUAAUGAUGUUAAUUUGAACGUUCUUAACAGGCCUGAAUUGUAUGGGAGUGGUUGGGAGGAGUUGGUCCAUCCCUUGGGGGGAACUUAUUACUAUCAUAAUAAAAAGAACACCUAUACAUCAAUGAAUAUAUGGCAUAUGGAUCGACAAAGGCUCAAAGAUUUUAUCAACGUAUCAAGAGCGGUAGCAAAAGAGGACAAGUUCCACAUGACAAACUUACAAGUGAGACGCACAUGCAGAGAAAUUCUUUGUUACCUUGGAGACCAAAUGAGGCAGGUUGACACACAACUUGCCAGUGUCGAAAAUGGAGUCAUUGAGGAUACUGGUGUUGUGCUCUGUUUGAUAGAGAAACCUAGGACAUGUAAAGCUCUCUAUUUCGUGAGCAAUACUGCAGCUACGAUCUUGUGCAUGCCUAUCACAAUUGACCACAUCAGAAAUACCUCCAUUGAUGGCAUUGUAAAUGGGGUGGACAUCAGGACUUUUAUUGACGAUUUUAGUGGCCAAGCUAAGAGUCAGAUCACUUUGGCAGGUGUCUCCGUGGCCAUGGAUGUCACCAUUCUUGCCAUUCCAGGUCUAGGGACGACACUUGAGCCUGACCUUGCUUAUCAAACAGGUAUAUUACUUGCAAAGGAAGAUGAUGAUGUUGAUCAUCAUUACAAGUAUACCAACUUGCUUUUGUGUACUGAGGUCAGUGUUGCUGCUGACUUCAAGCCAUCCACACCAUUAAUGAUCACAUGCUUUACUAUGCUCGGUGUGGUGAUUUGUUUCUUACUUGUAUUGGUGGUUGCAAGUUAUAGCCCAGGCUUAUCCAGGACAUGGCCCCAGUGA